AUGCCAAGCCACAAGCGCCUCGGGGGACAUUCUUGCGGAGAGCACCUGGCUGAACUGGAACACUGGAAUAUGGUCUAUCGGUUCGACAGAUCUCAGCUGCUGGCCACAGCAUUUGGUCCCUGUCAGGACAGUAGUGAGGCAGCAGACGGAGCUGGCCCCUGGGAUGAAGAAGUCACCAAGUGGUGGGGAGAGUGGAGCUCCUGGUCCACCUGCUCCCGGUCCUGUGGGGGAGGCGUGAUGUCCCGGGAGAGGCACUGCUUGCGACAGAGGCUCCAGAUGCCCCAGGGAACAAACAACACCAUGUGUGUUGGUCAAGCCAAGCACUACCAACUGUGCCAGCAGCAGGCCUGCCCAGCCAACACAGCAAGCUUCAAACAGCAGCAGUGCUCCAGUUUCAAUGCCAAAGCCUUUGGGAAGCGCUACUACCACUGGAUGCCCCUCUAUCCAGAUGACUACACCAGCAUCUCCAACAAGCCGUGUGACCUCCAGUGCAUCACCCGGAGCGGAGAGAGGCAGCUGAUGGCCCGAGCACAGGAUGGUACCUCCUGCAAGGACAGGACCUAUCAAGGGGUGUGCAUCAAUGGGAAGUGUGAGCCAGUUGGGUGCGAUGGGAGCCUGUACUCGCCCCGGACGAUGGACAGAUGCAGGGUGUGUGGAGGGGACGGCAGCACUUGCCACCGUGUCUCGGGCAGCUUCCGAAAGGCAGUCUCACAGAUAGGUUAUGUAUUCAUCACCAACAUCCCUGCCGGUGCCAUGGACAUCCUCAUCAUUGAGCGCAGGAAAACGGAAAACAUCCUAGCACUCACAGAUGAAUCCGGGCAUUUCUUCUUCAACGGCAACUCCGCCAUUGACAACCCCCAGAACUUCAGGGUAGCUGGCACGAUCUUCAAGUACCGGCGGCCCUCAAGCCUGAACUCAGAUGGGCUGGAGUAUAUCAUAGCUCACGGGCCCACUAACCAGUCUCUGAAUGCCAUGUACUAUAACUUUAAUGGGAAAAUGCCACACAUAACUUACGACUACACCAUACCACGGACACCACCUCUCCGAACUGCAGCCCCUGCUGUGGCCAGACCUCUCUAUCAUCACCUACCAGAGACCAGCCAGAACCAUCCCAUCCCAGCCAACUCCAGAGCGGCCCAGGACUUCAAUGCCACGUGGCUCUCCCUGUUGCCAGAUGACACCAGCGAACAGCUUCCUCUAAGAGAAGGGCAUGAAGAUUUAGGCUUCAGCCACCCGCACUUCUUCCAAACCAACUCCACCAGUCAGACUCGGGACUGGGAACAAGCUCUCAGGUUCAACCAGAUUUCCAUCAGCACAGCCAUACCCUACAGCAUGAGAAGAUCUGAGCUCUCGGAGAGCAGCCACGUAGCGUCCUCCAGGCUUCGUCUCUUCAGGCGACUGUGUCACCGAGGCCAUCACAACACUGCCUUCUGUAGGGAGCUGCAGCAGCUGGCAUCCAGACUGGCCCCGAGGAAUGCCACAGCAGGACUGUGGACCGAGGCAGCUGCCCGGUGGCCACAGGGCCUCCACAAAGCGCCGGCCCGUAAGAACUCACUGGAGGACUUGAAGGUGGAGGUGUUUGCUGGGAGUCAGGGGGAAGCAGCCAACUACAGCAUGAUGGCAUCGGUGGAGAGCCCUCUACUAGGUGCCAGCCCCGCCACGGACAUCAGCCAGGCAGAGCCUCUGCACGCCCCUGGCACUGAAAGCAAUGAGUUUGAUGUGAGCCCCAUGGGCCAUGACGACAUCAGCUUGGCUGACAUGUAUCGGUGGAAAGUCUCCGCUUAUGCCCCCUGCAGCUCCACGUGCACUUCAGGUAUCAGCACCUCCUAUGCGAUGUGCGUCCGGUACGACGGAGUGGAAGUGGACGAAACUUACUGCGAUGCCCUAACCCGACCAGAACCUACUCACGAGUUUUGCACAGGGAGAGAUUGCCAGCCUAGGUGGGAGACCAGCCGGUGGAGCGAAUGCUCCAGGACCUGUGGUGAGGGCUAUCAGUACCGCACUGUACGCUGCUGGAAGAUGCUGGCUCCAGGCUUUGACAGCUCCGUUUACGACGACCUCUGCGAGUCCACUGGAUUGACCAGGCCCAUGGAGAGGAAAGCCUGCAAGAAUAAGGCCUGUGGUCCCCAGUGGGAACUCUCCGAGUGGUCUGAGUGCUCAGCCCAGUGUGGCACGCAGGGGACGAUGAAGCGGGAGGUGCGCUGCUCGGUGGAAGCACCCCUCUGUGACGAGUCUUGGAAGCCCAGCAGCGAGAAGGCAUGCACAGGUCCGCCCUGUGACCGCGGCUGGACCGCUUCGGACUGGGGCCCGUGCUCAGGUUCGUGUGGCGAGGGACGCAUGAGCCGCUUCAUCGCGUGUCGCAACCUGGAGGGCAAGGUGAUCUCCGACUCGCAGUGUGACCCAGCCACCAAGCCGCUGGCUGUCCAUCCGUGUGGAGACAAGAACUGCCCACCGCACUGGGUGGAGCAGGAGUGGGACCAGUGCGAUGCUAGCUGUGGGCGAGGGAUGAAGACCCGAGUCGUCUUGUGCGCGGGCCUGGAGAACGGUGUGUACAAGGAGUAUCCCGAGAAGCGCUGUGAAGCCUCCCAGAAACCUGAGGAACAAGCCGCCUGUUUCAGGAGACCAUGUUCAACGUGGUUCACCACCUCCUGGUCUCAGUGCAGCAAGACAUGCGGUGCUGGUGUGCGGCUUCGUGAGGUGAAGUGUUACCAGGGGGAAGCGCUGGCUCAGGGCUGCGACCCCGCUGCCAAACCAGAAGCCAGGCAGAUGUGCCAGCUCCAGCCGUGCCCCACAGAGGCACCAGAAGACAACUGUGAGGACAAAGUGACGGCCAACUGCGUGCUGGUGCUGAAGGUGAAGCUGUGCUCUCACUGGUACUACAGGAAGGCUUGCUGCCAGUCGUGUCGGCUGAAGUCACCCUGA